AUUCUGAUAUCGCGGUCCCUGUAAAAUGAAGGUCAAGUGUGAAAAGAAGAAUGCUAAAAAUCAGAAUGAAAGUGAGGAAGUGUUUGUCAAAUUAGGGGACAUUCCUCUGGAUAUAUUAAGGUAUAAUAUAUCAAUGCAAUCAGGUGUGGAACGAAAGGAAACACGCAAGUCUUUACUUCUUAAAAUGGGAGCUAAGAAACCGAAAAACCCGUACAUCAACUACAAAGAACUAAUGCAGAACAGAGCAAAGGCUAAGCGUGAGGCAGAGGAGCUUGCUUUUGACGUAAGUAUUGCUAAAUCAGUACCGAGUUUGUGUCAAACAAAUUUUAUAGCGCAAUGCUGGUUUUGUCAAUAAAAAGUUGCCUUUAAAGCAGACAAAAAAGAAACGGAAAGAUCGGAAAAAAGACAAAUUAAAGAAAAAGUUUGUUCGUAAUUUACUACAUGUCAGUAACUUAGGAUAUCCAAGUCUCGGAAACGUCGUUAACACUUGGUAUUAUGUGAACAUAUCUCUGCCAUCGUAUUUGUAUAUAGUCUCAUUGAAUGUUUGCUUUUUAAACGGGUUCAAUAAAUAUGUUUUAAUAGUGUGUGGGG